CGCCGCCGCCGCCGCCGCCACCGCCACCGCCGUCUCCACCCCGCGGCUCCGUCUGCCGCCGCCGCCGCAGCCCGGCUCCGGGGCUGACAAGCAGGUGACAGAGGAGCCGGCGCGCGUGGCGGCGAGUGCCUGGGAGAGCGCGGCGCGGACUGCAGCCGCCCCGGCCCGCCCGCACGACGCCGGGGCCCGGGGCCAGCGCGUCGCCGCUCCACGCUCGCCGGGGGCAGCCCGCCGCCCCAGCCGCAGCCCCAACCCCGCGGGGGCCGCGCCUCCCCGGCUCCGGGCCCCAGCGGCGGCGAGCGGGCAGGCGGGCGGGCGGGCGAGCACCCUGGCUGGCGGGGCCCGCGGCGCGCCCCGCGUCCCAUGGAUAUAGCAACAGGUCCCGAGUCGCUGGAGAGGUGCUUCCCCCGCGGGCAGACGGACUGCGCCAAGAUGUUGGACGGCAUCAAGAUGGAGGAGCACGCCCUGCGCCCCGGGCCCGCCACUCUGGGGGUGCUGCUGGGCUCCGACUGCCCGCAUCCCGCCGUCUGCGAGGGCUGCCAGCGGCCCAUCUCCGACCGCUUCCUGAUGCGAGUCAACGAGUCGUCCUGGCACGAGGAGUGUUUGCAGUGCGCGGCGUGUCAGCAAGCGCUCACCACCAGCUGCUACUUCCGGGAUCGGAAACUGUACUGCAAACAAGACUACCAACAGCUCUUCGCGGCCAAGUGCAGUGGCUGCAUGGAGAAGAUCGCCCCCACCGAGUUUGUGAUGCGGGCGCUGGAAUGCGUGUACCACCUGGGCUGCUUCUGCUGCUGUGUCUGCGAGCGGCAGCUCCGCAAGGGCGACGAGUUUGUGCUCAAGGAGGGCCAGCUGCUGUGCAAGGGUGACUACGAGAAGGAGAAGGACCUGCUCAGCUCCGUGAGCCCUGACGAGUCCGACUCCGUAAAGAGCGAGGACGAGGACGGGGACAUGAAGCCGGCCAAGGGGCAGGGCAGCCAGAGCAAGGGCAGCGGGGAUGACGGGAAGGACCCGCGGAGGCCCAAGCGACCACGGACCAUCCUCACCACACAGCAGCGAAGAGCCUUCAAGGCCUCCUUCGAGGUCUCCUCCAAGCCCUGCCGGAAGGUCCGAGAGACGCUGGCGGCAGAGACGGGCCUCAGCGUGCGCGUGGUCCAGGUCUGGUUUCAGAACCAAAGAGCAAAGAUGAAGAAGUUGGCGCGGCGGCACCAGCAGCAGCAGGAACAGCAGAGCUCCCAGCGGCUGGGCCAAGAGGUCCUGUCAAGUCGCAUGGAGGGCAUGAUGGCCUCCUACACGCCGCUGGCCCCACCGCAGCAGCAGAUCGUGGCCAUGGAGCAGAGCCCGUAUGGCAGCAGCGACCCCUUCCAGCAGGGCCUCACGCCGCCCCAAAUGCCAGGUGACCACAUGAACCCCUAUGGGAACGACUCCAUCUUCCACGACAUCGACAGCGAUACCUCCCUAACCAGCCUCAGCGACUGCUUCCUCGGCUCCUCGGACGUGGGCUCCCUGCAGGCCCGUGUGGGGAACCCCAUCGACCGGCUCUACUCCAUGCAGAGUUCCUACUUCGCCUCCUGAGAGCCAGCCGGGCCGCACGGACGCUUGGGCAAGGGUCCUGGGGUGGGACUGUGGGCGCAGCAGCCAGCCUCGCCACCCUGGCCCCGCCACCUGCACAGACUCGACAGACAGCCAUACGGUGCCCUCCCCUGGGCUGGCCGGGCCUGGCUAGAGUGCCUGCUGGGCACAGCCAGACGGGCAGCCGGGCGCAGCCUGGGCAGGGGCUGUGUCCUGCCCACAGAGACCACAUCACCCCCAGGGACCCAGAGCUCACCGACAGCCACUUGCCUCCCAGCCCCACCUCAGCCUCCAUCACCUUCUUCUCCCUCCCCAUCUCUUUUUUGGGAAGCUUAAAUUCUCUCUAUUUUUUUAAACGUCCUUUCUGUGUCCAGCCAACCUCCACGGCCCGGACCUAGGCCGGCAGGGCCCCCAAGUGUGCCCCAGGACCACGGUGUCGUGCACGGUCCCUGUUACUGUAAGAAGCGUGUGUCCCCGUGCCCUCCGCUGGCGCCCACCUCCCCCACCUCUGUGGGCAGGCCUGCCGGCCUAGAGUCACCCCUCCUCGCCCGAGCCUGGAGCAGAAGUGGAGAAGAGCCUGCCGGGUGUGCCGGGCCCACCGAGUCACGGGGGGGUGGUUCGGGGGGUAGACUGAGCUCAGGCCGACUUGAAGGGACCAAGACACACAUGCCAACGCACACACUUCAAGGCACACCCAUGCACACCCGCACACAGACACGUAGAGAUGCUGAAAGAGACAGAGAGGCCUCUGCGGAGCAGCCCUGCCAUGUCAGGAAAGGGCAAGAGGCAGGUAGGAGCAGGGACCCCCUCUCCUUAGAGCAAUAGGAGAGGAAGGGAGGAGGGGAGGGAGGAAAGGGAAAGGAUGGGGUGAGCUUGAAGCACAGGGACCCGGAUGUUUCCUAGACCAGAUGGGGGCUGCCUGGCAGGCAGGGGAGCCCCAGACCCAACCAGCUCCAAGGGCAGAGACAGAGCCCCCAAAACCAGGUCGAAUCAGGCCAAAUGGCAGAACCUCCAGGUGGAAAGGGAUCCAAAAGUCACUCACUUGGUACAUCCAUCUGAUGUUUGGCACUUCUGCCUCUCCUCGCAUACCUCCAGUGACAAGGAGCUCACUGCUUCACUACCGUCAGCUGCCCUUUCUUGCUGGUUUUGUCUCUGCCUUUUUCAGCCCUGAGUCCUCCGUUCUCAAAGGCAGGCUUUUCCAGCUCCUCCAGCCCUUGCUCUUAAAACUGUACCCCCAACUGGGCUCCACCUUUCCCUCUAAAGGUGUGGAGCAGACAUAACGCAGUCUUCCCACUGACAUAAGCCAGCCAAAGUGAGUAGGCCCGUCACCUCCCCCGCUUUAGGCGUUCUGCCUCUGUUAAUGUGGCCCAAGACCCAGUGAGUGGUUUGGGCCACGUGACCUUGAAAACUCACCAUGCGCUCCAUAACUAAAUCCUUUAACCCUCACAGACAGACAGACAGACACACACACACACGCGUCAGCUAAGCCUCAUCUCUCCUCUUUGUGUGUGGGGAGGGAGGAUUUAUUGGUUAGACCCAGUGAAGGACUUCGACUUUUUUUCUUGUUACAUUUCCUCUUAUUGGACUCAGUCCAGCCUGUGGAGUUUCUCUGUGACCACUGGUUUGCUCUCCCUCCUGAGCACAUCUGCCCAAUGAGGAGUCGGCCCUGUGUAUCUCACCCACGGAGCACGGACCACUGGGGCCUCUUCCUGCCUGGCGUUGGCCCGUUAGCCAGUCCUGCGUGGAUGAGGCAUUCCAACCGCACGUUCAGGCCCGUGUCGUCCAGCACCCUGCUGGAAGUGAGACACUCUCUCAGCCCCGCCCCUAACCCACGCAACUCUAACCCUGUCAAAAGAGGACGUGAGGUCAGGCUGAUGGGCCCUGUUCUCAGUGACCCCUCCAUGGCCCCUGGGGGCCACUGUCCUCGGCCAGGUGCUCACAGCCUUGCCUUUAAUUCUAGCGCCAAGCCCUGGGCCACCACCCUGAGGUCUGCCUGGUCCAGCCUUGGAGCAACUAGGACGAUGGGCGUCUCUCUCUGCCUUUGGGCCCCACUGCCUGGCCCUCUCUGGGGUCCUCAGAGUUCACCAACCUGCUCUGUGGUCUUGCUCCUUUGUCCACUGGGGAGACCUCAGUCCCUCCAGAGCAUCCUGGGCCAGUCUUCCCCCCGCCCUGGGCUUCUGCACCCACACCUCGCCGUGCCCUUCGCCAGGGCAGGGCUGUCGGGGGGGAGGCAGCUCAGCGUCCGCCCUCGGCCCCAGCAGCUAGCCUGGCCCUCCUGGACUCGUUCCACACGGAACUCCCACAGGGAGCUCAGCUGAUGUCCUUGGUCCUUCUGCAGCCUCAGCCUACCUGGGCUCUGUGCCACCUCCCGGUCCUGGGCCACCACUGGUCCCUUAGGCAGACACGCUGGCUUCUUGAGGGAUGCUCUCCUCCUCCCUUGUGGUCACACGGUCACACAUGUGGGGGACACCUGGGGCAGGUCCAGAGGUAGACAUCCCAGCCCCCAGGAGGCCUGGCCCUUCUCCCCCCGACUAAGUUGGAAGGAGCCUCAGGAAUGGAUCAUCUAGUCCACCCCGUUAUUUUGCAGCUGGAAAACCUGGGCCCGGAGAGGGGAGGAGACCAGCCCUCUCACAGCCAGUCAGUGACAGGAGAACAGGGCCGCCAGGCCAGUGCCUCAUCCUCCCUGUCUGAGGAAUGAUCUCCAGGUCAGGGGGAUGACUUGUCUUAGUAACUCCUGCUGGGGGGUCCCUCUUCCUGCUCCUGGGCAUCACAACCUCGAGUCCAGCUCGGCUCUGCCCCGACCAGGAGCUGGUACAGGGACCCCGCACUCAUGACCCAUGGACUGUAGAGCCAGAGACGCCCCAUCAGCCGUGGCUAGGUCCCUCCUGCGCUGUGUGCUGCAGCUCGCUGCCCCCGGGCUCCCGCAGGCUCCCCCAGACACGGAUGUCCACCCUGCCCAGCCCUGGGCCGGGCGCAGCGACACAGGUGAAUGAGAUGUGGGCCCGCCCUUGAGGGGCUUUCUUCUAGGAAAGGCAUAGACACUCGGACCCAGCCCCAACCAGACGUUGUUGGGGACCCAUUUCUCAGAGGAGGAACCUGACUCAGAGAAGGGGGCAGCCGUCCAGGGUCGCCCAGCAGAAGCACGCAGAGCAGAGCAGGCCCGCUGGGGUCUGGGGUGAGCUGAGGUGGGCAGGCUCUUCCCACUUCAUGUGGGAGGAAGGGCAGCCUUGACCUGGGGGGGCCAGUGAGUAGCUAGGACCACCCCCACCCCUGCCGUGAUGUGGGACCGUCGUCACUGUGGUGGCAGGGUUGGGAAGCCCAAGGGAAGAGGGAGGUAAUGGUCUGGUCUCCAGAGGAAGAGGCAGAAAGUGAGAGGUGGGCAGGGGGAAUGUUGGAGAGAGGCUGAGUUCUGCUUCCCUGCUGGAGAAGUCGAGGUUCAGAGAGAGGGAGGAAGCUGCCUCAGGUAUCACAGCAAGUAGAGGCAGAGGAGGCACCAGAAGGCGGGCUCCUCCCGCCAGCCAGAGCCUCAUCUGCCUGCUCCAUGGAGCCUCUUCCGGGGGAGGCCACACAGACAGAGCGACACUGUGGUUCCAAGGGUCAGACCGGGGGCCAGCAGAGCCUGUAAGAGAAGGGGUCAGUGCAAGUGGGCUGCACAUCUCGGGAGGCUUCCUGGAGGAGGUGGAGGUGGGGGGGUCCACCGUACCCAGACAAGCAGGGCCAGCAGAGUCAAGCCCCCAUUACAAGGUUGGGGGCAGACUCUUCUUUAGGAGGCUCAGCUGCCCACUAGCAGGAGGCUGUCACCCACCCAUGUGGAGCCGGGACCCCCCUGGCUUCGCGCACAGGGAGCCCUGGGGGAGGGAGAACUGGCUGACCCCUGCCUGGCUGCAGCCCAAGCUCUGGACACCCCCUGGGGUGAGGAUCCCCCCUCCCAUCUGGAGGAAGCUGUGGCUCUGGGGCGCACUCCGCCCUGUGGGGAAGAGGGUCCACACUCACGCACGCACACAGACACACACUCACACCUGGAUGCACACGGAGGCUCACAGACCCACACUCCUGGGCACACGUGGCGGGGUGGGGCCCCGGGGAGCAGGAAGGACCUUCCCACGUUUGGCCCUCGGAAGGUGCCGUUUCCGAUGAGCCUCUUUGCUGGUGCCCCCACGCCCACCGGGGGGCCCGCGGGAGCCCAGCCCAGCCGGGUGUGGGGACCGGGCCGCCAGCCCUUCUUGUUUUCCUUGUACAGACUCUCACUGCCCACCUACCAUCCCCAGACACAUUUUAUUUAAUAACUUGUCAUUGUUAAAUUAUUUAUUAGCAUUUACCACAUCACCAUCCCCACCCCGCCCUCCACUCUCACCUUCUGCCUCUUCCUACAAAGCAGAAAAUGGAAACAACAACAAAAGAUGAGACAUCAGUAUAUUUGUAAAUAAACCGACCUGUACACGCCUGUGGUGCCCCUCCUUGGGGGGAGGGCUGUGCUGGGCCUGCGCCGGUCCCGCGUGGGAUGUGAGAGAGUUCUCGACGGGUGCCAGGGACAGCAGGUCAAGAAGGAGGGAGAGCUUGGGGUCCCUGGUCUUGCCCAACCCAUUCCUUGCCCCAUCCCGUAAUCCUCAUCUCCCCAUCCUUGUCCUAUCCCAACCGUGAGCCAUCUCCUUCCUUAAAACAAA